GCUUUCCCGGGACCACAAUUCCCAGAGACUUGACUUCGCGGCUUUCCUCUCUGUGUUCUGUCUCUCUUGGAGCUGGCUAGGCCAGUAGGCCCACGGCGACGACGUGGCCUGUCGUGUCCAGUGUCAGGGUGUACUCUUCUGCGAGUUUUCUGUUCUUUCAGCCACUUUUGACGGACAGGCCGUCGCAGCUGGCCUGAGCAGUGACCUGGCGGGCCGCGCCUGCGCCCUGCCGCGUUUCCUGCCUGGCUGGUGGCGGCGGCCAUUUUGUUCGUUCUCCUCCUCCUCCUGCUCCUCCUGGUUGGAGCUCAGUGUCCGGAGCGGGCUGGGGGGAGCGGACCGGAGAGCUGGGUUCAGUACCUUUUCCUCUGUCCCCAGCCGGAGCCCGGAGCCCCCCUCCCCUUCCUUCCCACCCCCUCCCCUCCCCAACCCUGCCCUCCCCCUUGUCCCGGGAUCACUCCGUCGCACCCACCAUGAUGGAAGACGACGGACAGCCCCGGACUCUACACACACAAGCUAAGACAUAUGGGUCUAUCUUCAGAAAACAGUAUGGUGUUUAUAGCCUAGAUACGUAGGUAACCUCUCCAGAGACGUGACAGAAGUCCUUAUACUCCAGUUAUUCAGUCAGAUUGGACCCUGUAAAAGCUGUAAAAUGAUAACAGAGCAACCCGAUAGCAGAAGGGUCAACUCUUCUGUUGGAUUUUCUGUUUUGCAGCAUACAAGCAAUGACCCAUAUUGCUUUGUGGAAUUUUAUGAACACAGAGAUGCAGCUGCUGCAUUAGCUGCUAUGAAUGGGAGAAAAAUUUUGGGAAAGGAGGUCAAAGUAAACUGGGCAACAACACCAAGCAGCCAGAAGAAAGACACUUCCAAUCACUUCCAUGUGUUUGUUGGGGAUUUGAGUCCAGAAAUUACAACAGAAGAUAUCAAAUCGGCAUUUGCCCCCUUUGGUAAAAUAUCGGAUGCCCGGGUAGUUAAAGACAUGGCAACUGGAAAGUCCAAAGGCUAUGGUUUUGUAUCUUUUUAUAACAAACUGGAUGCAGAAAAUGCAAUUGUGCAUAUGGGGGGUCAGUGGUUGGGAGGUCGACAGAUCAGAACCAAUUGGGCCACACGUAAACCACCUGCCCCUAAAAGUACACAAGAAACUAACACUAAGCAGUUGAGAUUUGAAGAUGUAGUAAACCAGUCAAGUCCAAAAAAUUGCACUGUGUACUGUGGAGGAAUUGCUUCUGGGCUGACAGAUCAGCUUAUGAGACAAACAUUUUCACCAUUUGGACAAAUUAUGGAAAUUAGAGUUUUUCCUGAGAAGGGCUAUUCGUUUGUCAGAUUUUCAACUCAUGAAAGCGCAGCCCACGCCAUUGUUUCUGUGAAUGGUACUACGAUCGAAGGACAUGUGGUUAAAUGCUAUUGGGGUAAAGAAUCUCCUGAUAUGACUAAAAACUUCCAACAGGUUGACUACAGUCAGUGGGGCCAGUGGAGCCAAGUGUAUGGAAACCCACAACAGUAUGGGCAGUAUAUGGCUAAUGGGUGGCAAGUGCCUCCCUAUGGAGUAUAUGGACAGCCAUGGAACCAACAAGGAUUUGGAGUAGAUCAAUCACCUUCUGCUGCUUGGAUGGGUGGGUUUGGUGCUCAGCCUCCUCAAGGACAAGCUCCUCCUCCUGUAAUCCCUCCUCCAAACCAAGCUGGGUAUGGAAUGGCAAGCUUCCCAACACAGUGAGCUGGGACUCUAAACACAGUUGUAACUCACCAUGAGCUGCAGUUUCCUGUGACAUUCUGAAGACAUGAAAAGUAAACAUCGGAAAGUGAAAAUAUUUAUUUUAAAAAUUGAAAUGUUUGGAACCUUUAGCACAGCUUUGCUUGGUGAAGGACACGUGUCUUCUAGUUCUGCCUUUUUAAGGUUUUGUUCAUGAUGGAUAUGAACAUGAUUUUUCUUUGUGUACAAAAACAAAAAUAAAGUCAAUAAAGACAA